GCGGGCAGAAGGAGGGCUGCCGUACAGCGGGUCAUUCACACACAGACAGGAGCCGAACACUCGCCUUCACUGGACACCCUCAACCAGAGAGACAGACACAUAGAGAAAGAGAGAGAGAGUUUUCUGGAGCUGGUUCCUCUUCUGGUUUUGGGCCAGCUGUGAGUGAGAGGUGUGACCCAUCAGAAGUGUGACAGACCACAUACUUCACAGCUGUGAGGCCCGCUUGCAAAGAACAUCCCUCACAUAACAGACAACCAUGGCAGAUAAACUCAAGGAUGCAAAGAUUGUCUUUGUUGUGGGCGGCCCCGGCUCCGGCAAGGGCACCCAGUGUGAGAAGAUUGUGGCGAAGUACGGCUACACUCACCUGUCAUCAGGUGACCUGCUCCGUGCAGAGGUCGCGUCCGGGUCAGACAGGGGCAAACAGCUGCAGGCCAUCAUGCAGAAGGGUGAACUCGUACCUCUGGACACAGUUCUUGAUAUGAUCAAAGACGCCAUGAUUGCCAAAGCUGGUGUCUCUAAGGGUUACCUCAUCGACGGAUACCCACGUGAAGUCAAACAGGGCGAGGAGUUUGAGAAGAAGAUUGGAGCUCCAGCUCUGUUGCUGUACAUUGAUGCUAAAUCUGAGACGAUGGUGAAGAGACUCAUGAAGCGUGGUGAGACCAGCGGCCGCGCUGAUGACAACGAGGAGACCAUUAAGAAACGUCUGGAUCUGUAUUAUAAAGCCACCGAGCCCGUCAUCACGUUCUACGAGCAGCGCGGCAUCGUUAGAAAGAUAAACUCUGAACUGCCAGUGGAUGAGGUAUUUGCAAUUGUUGAAAAAGCGAUUGAUGAACUAAAGUAAAAGAACAUGUGACAACACAGUCUUGUUUUGGUCUCUCCUUCCCUUUCAGUCACAUACAGUAUAUACUCAAUGAACCUGUUUAGAAGCAACAAUCUCAUCAUAACACUGAACGCUAUAUGUCCUUUUAUUACACUCUUAUUGUACAAACUUGAUCAAAAUCCUAACUCACAUGUGUACUCUUGAGUGUGUACAAUGGUCCUCACUUUACCAUACAAUUCCCCCCAAAUGAUG